UUAAUUUUUUGGUGAACUAUGACAAAUUUGAACUUCUCUUUAAUUAUAACUGGAGAAUACCUUUGGGAAUACCACCCUGCCAGGGUUAAAAUCUCAGAUUAGUUUUAUUUUUGCCUAAGGUUAGGAGGCCACACUAGAUGCUUUGAAUGAAGCCCCUUUAGCUUUAUGAUUCUGUAAUUGUCUUUUGCACCUUUUGAUUUGGGUUAUAAGUGAUGUCAUAAAAUUUAUUUCUCAGCCACCCCCUCUUUCCCCUCCCAUUUUCCUUUGCUGCAAGAAAGACAGAAAAACAGAAAGAACAAACAAUAACAACAAAAAAGCCUCUACAACUGUAGUGAUAUGCUUCAGCAUUUCCCAUCCUCUGGACAUAGCAUUCACUCCAUCUUCUCAUCUUAUUUCUGAUUGCUUCCUAAGACCCCUGCGUGUUCUAUCUGCAACAGCCCCUCUUCAGUAGAAUUAGGGCCUUAUGUCCUCAGCUGAUGACUGAAUGUCUGUCGGCAGCCUUGUCCUCUGCCCCUUCCUCCUGUCCCAUCUUCAUUCCUUUGUCCUCCUUCCUUUCUCUUUUCUCCUCCGUCCCCUCUCCCCUGUGCCAUGCAGGAGGGUCCCCCCCAGCUGACCAGACCCUGGUCAUCAAGACAUUCCGCUUCCUGUCACAGAAACUCUUUAUCUCCGUCUCAGUUCUCUCCAGCCUGGGCAUUGUCCUAGCUGUUGUCUGUUUGUCCUUUAACAUCUACAACUCCCAUGUCCGUUACAUCCAGAACUCACAGCCCAACCUGAACAAUCUGACUGCUGUGGGCUGCUCGCUGGCAUUAGCUGCUGUCUUCCCUCUUGGGCUGGAUGGUUACCACAUUGGGAGAAACCAGUUUCCCUUCGUCUGCCAGGCCCGUCUCUGGUUCCUGGGCCUGGGCUUUAGUCUGGGCUAUGGCUCCAUGUUCACCAAGAUCUGGUGGGUCCACACAGUCUUCACAAAGAAGGAGGAGAAGAAGGAGUGGAGGAAGACCUUGGAGCCCUGGAAGCUGUAUGCCACAGUGGGCCUGCUGGUGGGCAUGGAUGUCCUCACUCUCGCCAUCUGGCAGAUUGUGGACCCCUUGCACCGGACCAUUGAGACUUUCGCCAAGGAGGAACCAAAGGAAGAUAUUGACGUCUCUAUUCUGCCCCAGCUGGAGCACUGCAGCUCCAAGAAGAUGAACACAUGGCUUGGCAUUUUCUAUGGUUACAAGGGGCUGCUGCUGCUGCUGGGGAUCUUUCUUGCUUAUGAGACCAAGAGUGUGUCCACUGAGAAGAUCAAUGACCACAGGGCUGUGGGCAUGGCCAUCUACAAUGUGGCGAAAGAGGAGCGUGUCUCUGAACUGCGCCAUCAACUCCAGUCUCGGCAGCAGCUACGCUCCCGGCGCCACCCCCCAACACCCCCAGACCCCUCUGGGGGCCUGCCCAGGGGACCUCCUGAGCCCCCCGACCGACUUAGCUGUGAUGGGAGUCGAGUCCAUUUGCUUUAUAAGUGAGGGGAGGGCAAGGGAGAACAGGCCAGUAGGGGGAGGGAAAGGAAGAGGGGGAAUGGUGGGGACUUGGGGGAAGCAGGGGAUCCCUAUCCCCAUUGGGGAAGAACGUGCUAUCCAAUCCCAUCUCUUGUAAAUACAUGUCCCUCUGUGAGUCGUGGGGUUGUUUGGGUCUCCAGUACUCUGGGAAACAACCUUUUUCUCUCUUGUUCAUUCGUAUAAUUUUAUAUCACUACUUCAUCAUUUAGUUUCCACCUCUCUUGAAGCUACUCGCUCACCGACUCCUCAGCAGCCUCACAUCAUCGCUCUCUGUCUAGUUACCAUGGCAACCCCUUUGCUUUUGUGCUCUGCUCCCAUCCAGCAGGGGUCUCCCCACAAGUGCUCUUUCCACCCCAACAGGGGCCUCUCCUUUUUUCUCACCAUCAUAGUCUCCUUUCAUCCUGCCCUUCCACACAUUUUGUCCCCCACUGAAUUUUGCUUUUUCUGGGGACUCCUUCUUGCCAAGGCUCACAUGCUCCUUGCCUCUGCUCACACUUCUCAGCACACAUGAUCCUCCCUCUCUUGCUUGUGCCCACUGGACAUGCUCCUGUGCACACACGCUUUUCCCACGUGCUCUCUUGCGCCCCCUGCACUCGGCUAUGUGUGCCCCUCUCGUGGUCAGGGGUGUGUCCAUGUGUGUGUUUGGGUAGGCAAGUGCACUUUGUCUAGCAUACUGAGUCAUGUCCUCUCUACUUGCACACAUUCGUGUGGAUCAUGUAUUUUCCCUGCGUACACUCAAUGUACCUUGUGUACCUUUGCACCUUAAAAUCAUUGUAUUCUUCCAACAGA